AUGGACCGACAAUUCCGCGAACUUAGAAUCGAUGGAGAUCGCGAAAGCAGUUACGGGAGUGUUUUUUCCGUGUCUGGUCCAGGUAGGUUUAUCCUUACCUGUACGUACUGACGCAUUUCCUUCACAGUUUUCUGAGAUCUGUUUGCCAUUUUCCUCCAUUCAUAGUUGUGACUGCUGAGAGGAUGGCAGGUUCAGCCAUGUACGAACUGGUCCGUGUCGGACACGACAACUUGGUUGGCGAGAUUAUUCGAUUGGAGGGAGACACUGCAACGAUCCAGGUCUACGAAGAUACGUGUAUCCUUUUUGCCAUUUUUUGCAUCGAUGCAAGCCAUAAUCUUUUUUCUCAUGCGCUUGAUGUCACUUAGACUCCGGAUGCUUUUGGUCUCUUUAUCUGCCAUUUCACGAUGCCAUCUUCUCCAGGUUCGCCGACGUGCCCUCUAAGAUAGGCCACCCCGAGUGAUGUCUUAUUUUCCCUAACUCUUCUUCCCAAUAGCUGGCGUGACUGUGGGUGAUCCUGUACAAAAAACUGGCAAACCGCUCUCCGUCGAGUUGGGUCCGGGUAUUCUAGACAGUAUUUUUGACGGUAAGCCAGAUCUGACUUCCCCUUGUUUUAGUCUUGGCUUUUAUGGUUUGCCAUGUCCAUGGGGGACGGUCAGUCAACGAAGCCGAUUAUUCGCGGCGGACUUAAUUAUUCUUAAGUUAUUGAGACUUGUGAAGUUGGGCUGGCGAGUACUUGAGAGCAUUCGGGGUCUUCAUCAUGAGUAACCCAACUCUGAUGAUCCCGACCUUCCUUCUUCUUUGUUGACGGGUGUCAUCCAUCCCAUGUCUUUUAGUCGCCGCUGGACAGCGGUCUACUUGUUGGUUCGGGGGUCUGUUGUUGCAUGAUUUAUUUCGAGGAACAGAUAACAGUUUAGAAGUUCGGGGCGGAACUACAGAGUCAUCCCAGAGGAAUCUGGUUCGUCUCGUGAAUGAUCCUCACAUGAAGAGUCGAAGUGCUGAGUAGACGUGACUUAUUUCGUAAAUAAAGACACGUCAAAACGACCUUCUACUAAAGUGAUUGUAACUUCUACGUUUUAUUUCCUUGCAAAUUCCUGCUCAUUAUUGCUCUCGUGAGCCAAACCUCAUGACAGCCGGCAUUGGGGACUUCAUCCACACGAAACAUAAGAAGUUUCUCCACUACAGUAGGCCUGGCGCGCUCGAAUCUACAGUAAUCCGCUAAGAGUCAUGGUUUGAGUGGUUGGUAUCUAAGUAGAUAACUCAUUCCUCAUAACUGGAGGACUGAGGGUCAGGCUGUUGCAGUUUUUUUCAAUGUGACCUUCCAGCACCCAUACACACGAGGCCCGAGUCGUUCAGGACGUGCGUGGCACGGGUAGACGGCCACUCCCGGCUAGUUGAGUGAGAGGAGAGAACGCGCGGGAGAUGUUAAGGAAGUUCGCCUCAUUAAAAACUAAUUUAUGCGCUCAUUCCUUGGGGCACGCGAUGGGAAACGUCGCUCUGUCAAAUCUGACUCAACAACGCCAUCUAUUUCGAUGACCCAACGCACACACACACACCUUUGGCAAUUCAUCUUUUUCAACAGUGGCCGUUCAGCCCAUUAGGGCUAUGGUUGGAGUGUUAGUGCACUGAAAUUUUUUUGUGUAGUACAAUCCGGUGGAAUAUGGUGGUUCGGAACAUGCUUUGGCAAUAAAAUUCGUGAGAAAUAUUCAACCGCUGUCCUCACAAUCCUCUCCAAGGUGUUUGUGUUCAUGGUUGUAAUUUGUCCGCCCUGCAACGUUCAGAGACAGUUUGCGCAGGUGUGUAGUCUUCCAUAAUUUUCCUUAAUGUUUUGACGGUUUAUGUGGAGAUGUUCAACGAGGCCAGUCCGAACCUUCACCAUGAAUGUUCAAAACAUACGGAGAAUUCGGUCACUUAAGGCCUUUUUGUCGUUGCCUAGCUUCCUUUAUCUGGUUGGCUUCGUAGCUUUUAACUCUUGCGUCGCGACUGAUCUCCAUGCCUGCUGAUAUCGAGACUUCUCAGCGUGUCCUUAUGCUCUUUUUACCUCCUCGUCUAUAGCAGCAGCCGGUCUUAAGCCAUAGGGUCGUGUUCUUAUAUAUAUCUCCUCUCCUCUCUCCACUCGUUGCGCAGGUAUUCAGCGGCCGCUGCAGGACAUUCGCGCGUUCACCGACUCCAUAUACAUUCCAAAAGGCGUUAGUGCGCCGUCGUUGAACCGAAAGAUUGCCUGGGAGUUUGACCCCAUGCCAAACCUGCGUGUUGGCAUGCAUAUCACCGGUGGCGAUAUCUACGGCACGGUGAAUGAGAACAGUCUGGUGCAGCACAAGCUUAUGCUGUCUCCGAAGGACCAGGGUACCAUCCGAUGGAUUGCCCCGCCCGGGAACUACACCAUCUUGGUGAGCUUCUCACACCUCGACUUGCUCUUUUGUCCCACUCUCUCUCUCUCUCUACACACUCCUUCCUCCUGCCCCCCCCCCUCCGCGAUCCUUGUCCCCCGUUUUGUCAAGUGCUCGUCCCACCUUACGCAGUGAAAUCUACGUCACUCUACAGUUUAAUUUUAUGUACAGUAGGUGGGCUAACACAUGAAAUGUCAACUGAAAUUCCGAAAUGCGUUUUCGCCUCGAAAAGAUUAAUUAAGUAGGGUUGCAAAACCAAUCAUCGUACAGCAUAAUUCUAUAAUGAUCCAGUUACCUCAGGAUGCCGGCUUUCGAACGAACUUUCUUCCGGCUGCAUGCAAAAACUAUACUCUGUAAAUAAAUCACAACUUAAGUAGCAUGAAUUUUUCUCAUUGAUUUUCGAUGUCCCUAAAAGUCCAAUUAUAUUUCCUGGAAAAAAUGCACAAAAAUAUGUAUCCCUUUACUCAUUCGGCAGAAAAUUACAUCUUUUAAUUUUAUGCUCGAAGGAGGGACAUAAUUCGGUUUUAAUUGUGAGACUUUUUAAUGCUGUGAAAUGGCCGUUCAUAAAACGUCAUGUCUCUACAUUUACCAAUGUGGCAUGUAAAGUAAACAAUAUGGAUCAAAUCGAAUGCUAAAUUUUAUGAACCAUAUAUGGUCUCCUCUUAAUGUGUAGUUUUCCGUUCGCCGAAAAUGCAUGCCUUGUAGUUUGGAAACCCGGGAUCCAAGCGUGACGGCAGAGCGGGUUCAAAAUUAUUCGGGAAUUGGAAAAGUUUUUUAAAACUGAAUUAUAUCCCUCCAUCGAGUAUAAAAUUGGAAGAAGACUUAAUUUUCAACCGAAUGAGUGGAAAAUGGAUAUUUUUAUGCAUGUCUUCCGUGCAAUAUAAUUGAAUUUUUAAGGGAAUUGAAAAUCAAUGAGAAAAACGCAUGCUACUUAAGUAGUCAUUUUUUACAGAGUAUAGUUUAUGCAUGCAGCCGGAAUGAAGGUCUUUCGAAAGCCGGCAUCCUGGGGUAACUGAAUUAUUAUAGAAUUAUACUGCAGACUGCUUAGUUUUACAACCCCACUUAAUUAACGCAUUUCGGAAUUUCAGUUGACAUUUCAUGACUUAGCCCACUUGCUGUAUGUGUGGAGGAAGAACCUUACGACCCUCCCGCUUUACUCUGUAGGACAAAGUCCUGGAGACAGAGUUCGACGGCGAAGUGACGGAGCACUCGAUGCUGCAAGUCUGGCCUGUCCGAACUCCACGUCCGGUUGCGGAGAAGCUGCCCGCUAAUAACCCUCUCCUCACCGGUCAACGCAUCCUCGAUGCCCUCUUCCCGUGAGUGCAUGCGCCUUGCCGUUUAUUUUGUAACUCCAGCGGAGCCCCCCUUUUUGCUGACGCUGUCUGCCACCAUCUCUCCCUCCGUGAAUGUUUGAAGUCCCCUAAGAUUGACAUUGACACUCACCGACGUUUCCUGAUUACGACAAGCAAUCAGUACUCACUCGUAUCAUUCCCUCCUACCAUAUAUGGACGUAUUGUCAUACGAGACUCCCCCGCGGUUUUUAAUAUUUUCAUUAGCGUCCAAUCAGGGCGCGAGUCCGUCUAUCAGUUGUGGGGCGGCUGACUUGUGCUCGCUAAAUAGAGAUCCUACGCCCGGACUCCGAACCUUUUCAGGCCUGUCUGCCUGAAGAUCCCAACUGGGGGCCAAAAAUAUCGUUUUUGGUAAUAGUAGCGCUUUUCAGGGAGUGAGCUUGCUCGUCCGGCGCUUCCACGACUGACGGAUGGUCGAACGGCCUUCAGCAGAGGCUGGUUGCGAAAUAAGCAGGCUGUCGCGUCUGACAAAUUAGCAUCAGUUGUGAUCAACAUAAACACUGCUGCCAGUACGUAGAGGGCUGCGGUUUGGCAUUUUGACUGCUCUUCAGCUGCUUCCUGUCGCUUCAUAAGAGAGAUAACGAGUGAGAACAAUACAACAGAUUUGAAUUCGUGCAGAAAAUCGAUGCAGAAACAGCAAGGUUAGGGUUUUGGGCAAAGUUGGCUAAUCGAUAAAGUUAGUAACACAAACGCCGUAGGGGAAGAAAGUGAAAAAAGGGGAAACGUUAAAGAGCAAAAAAAUGAGGAGAGGGGGAAUCAUGGAGCUAGAGACUACCAUGGCAAUGUUAGGUUAACCACGUGCUCCAAUUGUUUACAAAGAUCUGGUUUCACUCGUCGUAUAUAGGCUGCCUCCAGGUAACGCAAUGUCCGAGUUGUUCGUGCCCUAACAAGUACUCGGAAGGAAGUUUUGGGGUCGACGGUGUGACUAGUAUUCUGCAGUCCUACUAAGCCACUUCCGAUUCUACGGGCAAAGGAUGCCCUGCCAAUGCACGCCACGUCAAAUUGUGUUUAUGAAUUCACAUGCACUUGCGGAUGCAAGUACAUUGGGCGAACGCAAAGGCAGUUGGCAGCCAGAUCCAUUGAGCACCUGCCCAAGUGGCUCCUAAGACAAGAAAAUAAGAUCCCGCGUUCAUCCAUUACGAAACACCUACUUGAUACUGGUCACACCGUCGACCCCAAAACUUCCUUCCGAGUACUUGUUCGGGCACGAACAACUCGGACAUUACGUUACCUGGAGGCAGCCUAUAUACGAUGAGUGAAACCAGAUCUUUGUAAACAAUUGGAGCACGUGGUUAACCUAACAUUGCCAUGGUAGCCUCUAGCUCCAUGAUUCCCCCUCUCCUCAUUUUUUUGCUCUUUAACGUUUCCCCUUUUUUCACUUUCUUCCCCUACGGCGUUUGUGUUACUAACUUUAUCGAUUAGCCAACUUUGCCCAAAACCCUAACCUUGCUGUUUCUGCAUCGAUUUUCUGCACGAAUUCAAAUCUGUUGUAUUGUUCUCACUCGUUAUCUCUCUUAUGAAGUGACAGGAAGCAGCUGAAGAGCAGUCGCGAAAUUUUUUGGUACCAAUAAAUCCUGCCGUUCUUGCCUACUUCAGCUUCGUACCGGGGACAAAAUGCUUCAAAUUUUGACUGUCUCAUAAAGUAGCAGUAAGCCAGGCGAUGGCACUCUGACACGGUACUUUGCACUUGUUCUUGAUACGGCUUCGAUCUUGCCUGAUCUAGCCGGCCUCGAUGAUGUCACGAACUGUACCUCUGCACGCGUGACGAUCCGCGACAGCAGAUCUGGACAGCCCAGCCCAUUCCCUUCGCCAACGACGUAGACCGAAUACCGAAGGUCCACGGACCACCUGCAUGUCUUGACGAACUGUGUCGAGCUAGGUUUUGAACUGACCCCCUCUUCGACGCUUCCAAUGGGGCAACGGUGCCAGAUCGAGGGCAGUAACACAAAGCCCCUGAGGUGGACGACGAAGAUCAUGCCCGAACCACCUCAGUCGUAUUUCUUGGAUGGCCUGAGUUAUCCUUGCAAUGUUGUCGCAGCGAGCGCGAACUAUCUCAUUUGAAACAAAGUCGGUGAAGGAUGGUCCUCAAGCAGUGGUGGUCAAAUACCUCCAGUUUUCGUUCGUCCUCCACGCGCAAAGCCCAGCAAUCACAACCGUAGAGAAGGACAGACCGGUCAGAUGCACGGUACACGCGAAUCUGACACGGUCACCGUGAACCGUCGUCAAAGAAGUGCGCCUGCCACGGUUCCUGCACCGAGGCGCCGGAGGCAACAGUUCCAAAAAGCCCUCCGAGAAACUUUUGGGGUCCAGCCUUUGCCAAAGUAUCUUAUAAAAAAUGUUCGAACACUGUAAUACGAUCCAUGCUGGGGCGUCUGCAGAAACGAAGGCGCUCAACAGCCCAGAUCCAACUGCGUGAGCAAAUAGUGUUUGAAAUGGACUACUCAAUUGAAACUGAGCUUUUAGUCUUGGGUGCAGAAUGCGCGAACCGUCCUCUACCCAACUUCUGACUUUAUGUGGUCUUCAACAUAGAUAUCUGUUGCUCGUUUGAGAAGUUCGGAUCUCGUUCUCAGGUGCCGGGAGUCAAAAGCAUCCCACCUGACCUCGCUAACAUACUCUCUCUCACACACUCGGAACAGGUGAACCAUGCGCCGCCAGCAUCCAGGAACUCACCCCAUCGACGGGACCAGUCAAUGUCAGGCCAGCUUGCGUAUGGCUUCGAAGGCGCUCUACUAACACGUUUGUCGUUUUUACCUACGCGCCGACAUCAACAGCCGACCAGCAUGGCUAACCCUCCAUCCACGCGCGCCAAAAGACUCACUUGCCGUGAUCUGCUGAUUGUGGCUAGUAAUUGGAACAAGUAAACUGCAUCAAUCGAUUCCUCAAACGGUCAUCUCAUAGGUCGCUGUGAACUUUGUUCUCGAUGUGAUAGUAGUGAUAGGUUACUGAACACCGCUGGCCGGAAAACUGACCUUUUGUCAGAACACGCGCUUCCGACAUCGCUGUAAAAAUGUGAUGGUCUGGCAUUCAAACGAUGAUCCUGCAGCCAACCAGCUUUGUAGUUGGAUGCAUGUUGCCAAAACUGGUCAAACCGACGGUUUAUAGGAAGGCAACGAACACCACACAGCUUCUCAGUUUUCACAGUAACCAUCCGGUGGCUCACAAACGAAGCUGUGUGAAGACGCUCUUCAAACGGAUCCAAACUCAUUGCAGCAAACCGGAGGACAGAGGACGUGGGGCCCGCUAUCUCCGCGACCAGUUUGUGCAAAAUGGCUAUCCGAGGGCAUUCAGUGAUGGUAGACUUGCGCAGUAUCUAUCGCACUCCCUCCUCCUCCUCUCCCACCUGGACUCGGAGUCAAGAAGACCGGAAGCGGGGGAGAAUACUGGUGGCUGGCACGGUCGAGUCCGCAUCUUGGCGUUCAAUUCCACACCCCUGGUCCACACAGCAAAUGACCAGGUUUUUGACGAACAACAACAAGGGGGGGGGGGACGCAACUUACGCCGGAAACCGGGUCUGCCACCCCAUUCUGAACUGUUGGCAUUUGUGCAGUUCGACAACGCCUGCCAGAAUCCCCCGUUUUGGUCCAGCACGUCUACCACGUGGUCCGUUUGGGGGGCGCGCAUACAAACGCACGCAUCUGAAUGUUCAUCUCUCAGUCGCGCCCAAAAUGCCUCGUGAAUGCUGCCUUGACCUCGUAAAAUUUUUCCAGCCCAGACAAAGCUCAGUACACUAAAUCGGGGGGCAGGUCCCAUUACAAUGAUCCGAAAACGUUAACAAGAGAUGACCGGGAGAAGUAUUAGUUCAAAGCUAUGACUCCUAUAGAGCAAGUCUCAAACGUCUGCUAGCCGGGUUGGUGUAACUGUCCGGCCCCCAAUGACUCCGUUCGUGACAUGAACAGCGAUUCACUUGCGGACAGUUCGGGCACUGGCGUGAGCUCGUCUUCUCGACCAACGUGUCCUGCAGAGCUGAUUUGCAUCCUUCUCCAUACUUCGUCCCUCCUUUCCACGAGGGAAUCAACACAAAGGCGCCCAUAGUGGACGAGUUUCGUGUCGACGCAGUGGCGCCUAGAUACAUGAGAGGACUAAACAAGCGCAGAACGAUGACAUAAUUCCUAAUGACUGGAGAUCUGUCAUCCUUGUAUCCGUCCUCAAGAGAGGAAGUAAGAGAAAUGUGAGACUCACCACAACAACGCUUUUUGUCAUCGUCGUUCUCGGGCAGCCUUAAAAUGUGCCCGACUCGAAUACGAGAUCCAACCGAACCGGGUUCUGAACUGAACAUGGGUGCGCCUAUCAGGUAUUCACACUGUGAGCGACUGACGACCACCCGUCCGCUUUGUUUAUUUCACCGGGACGUUCGAUUCCCGCCGCCGCGAGUCCCUGUCGCGGACAAUGGAGUUAGAUGGCGUGUCCGUAAAAAAAAAGCCAUCGCCAUAACCAAGGCCUACAAUGGUUUGCCUUCUGCGCGAGCUCUGAUCAACAGAGAUGCAUCCAAACCAUUCGAUAUUCACUCUGACGUUCGACAAGGUUGUAUUAUGUUGCUCCUUCUGUGAAACUGUGCCAUUGGUCGGAUUCUCUGAGAGGCGGUGUUGAAUUUGCACCCGAAAGCCGACCGACCGACUGACCUUGACUGCGUCAACAUUGUCACCCUGCUGGCGUCGAGCUCUAAUGACCUGUAGAAUGUGCUGUUGCGGAUGAAUAUGGUGGCUAAAUCAGUGCUCUCGAGUUACAUCACUGGCCAGGCGAGGAUACCUCCAGGAUUUAAUGGCUGCCAACUUGAAAAGUAGGCGGCUUCAUAUUCCUCAGGGCGAGGCUGUCGCUGUAUAGACAGAGUGAGGACGACAUCGUCUCACGAAUGGAUGCUGCUCAUGCGGUUUUCAAAAUUCUUGGAAUGUCUGUGAAUCUGACGUGAAAUCUCCAUCGCCACAAAGAUUCGCGUGUACCGUAUAUCUGUUGAGCUGUGCAUGAAAGAUGGGCGAAAACUGGGGAUAUUUGGAUGCAGUUGCCUGAGAACCAUCCUUAGAAUGGAGUACAUCGAAUUUACCCUGAACGUAAUAGUCCGCACUCGUUGCAGGAAGGCCAUCCAAGAAAGAUGACUAAGAUGCUAUAGUCGAAUUGGUCAGAUGUGGUUAUAUAACCCCACCUGAAGUAAACAAUCCCCAGCCAACCGUAAUACGGGACCGGUGGCAGUAGGAGUUUUUACAAGUGGGGCCGGGGAACGCACAGGCGACGAGGUCAAGCAGUUGUAUGCAAAACAAAAGCUAGUGGGAAUUGGCGGUUGUACUUUGAGUGGCUGAGAAAUAGUUACCCUAACUCCUAAACUUGACCGUUAACCACAACCCCUAGUUCUAACACAUAAUCCGAACCCCAACCCAAACAGUAUUGCAUCGUUCAGUUGGGGCUACAUAACUACAUCUUACUACCGCAUUCAUCGUUGACGCUGUCGCCUAGCUUCCGAUCUGAUUUUCAAAACACGCAGGUAACCCUGAACACAUCGGAAGUCCCUUUUGGCCGCUGGAAAGGGGGUAAGGGAAGUUACUCAGACUCGAUUCCGCCGUUCGUCAUGCCGAGGAAUAUGCAGGCGGUGACAUUAUCGAGACCGGCUAGUUCGGGGAUGAUCACAGCGGUAUCAGGUACUAGUAUGCGCAACGACGACGGCUAAUAAGCCAGAAAUGGCCAUUUCAAUCUCCCUUGUCUUAGUCGGCAACGCCGUUCUGCCUAUAUCAUGCGCCGCUAUGCGGCAGCUGGUUGGGCUCGAGAGAGAGCCCGUAAGGCACAACGGAACAAAUGAGUUCACUCUGGUCAGUCUCCCUUGUCUUAAUCGGUAAUGCCCGAGUGAGCAUAUGCCUACGGUAGUGCAAACGACAAGGUCGGAAAUCCGUCGGUCGUCAGAGAGAGACAGACACCGGGUACUGGACAUGCACAGCGGCAAUUUUUAUUUACACCUUUUCGAUGCUACUUUUCAGGCCGUAAAGGUAACAAAACUUCUGUCUACUUCCAAUACGCGUAAAUUGCGUUAGACCGAUCAUAUGGCCAUUAGACCAGAAUAGAAGGGAAGUCUUUCGUCCGGAAGUGUCCGUCAAGCGAGUAACUGAGUCUCUGUACUGUUGGUGGGUAGAGAAAACUGGGGGCAGACAGACAGCAAACAAAGGAUGCGGAAAUGGGUUUUUUAAAUAGUAAGUGACCAUGGAAGGAUGCCGAUAACAAUGUUUUAAAACAGCUGUCGAGACCGACUACCUGACGUACAGUAGAUGUGCUACCUCAAGAAAUGUUAACCGGAAUUCUGAAAUGCAUUUUCAAUCUGAAAAGAUUACUCAAGUAGGGCUGUCAUAUCAAUUACCGUGUCGUAUUACACCAACUUUAGGGUGUCGGCUUCCGAAUGAGCCACUUGUCGACCGUCUGCAUAAACUGCAUUCCGUAAAAAAACGACUGCUUAAGUAGCACGAAUUUCCCGCAUUGAUUUUCUAUGCCCUUGUGAAUAUAUUUUAUAGAAAACAUGCAUAAUAAUAUUCCUUCUGUUACCCAUUUAGUAGCGAAUUACGUCCUCUUAAGAGUUCAUCAACUCCCCAUCCUGUCGGACCUGCUCAGCUCGAUCCGUCAUAAUUUAACCCGAUCCUAGGUCCUCUGUUCUGAGCGUCCAUCCACCUUUUUGAUCUCUUGGUAGGCAACUGAGAUCAACCCUCUCUGUUUUAGGUGUGUCCAAGGCGGUACUACAGCCAUUCCUGGAGCGUUUGGUUGCGGCAAGACAGUCAUCUCUCAGUCACUCUCCAAGUACUCCAACUCCGAUGUAAUCAUUUACGUGGGAUGCGGGGAACGUGGCAACGAGAUGUCUGAGGUUCUGCGUGAUUUCCCGGAGGUACGUUGAUUACUCGGUAUUCUACGUACUGUUCUAUUCUAUCCCGUACAGCAUCGAUCGGUGUCACAAAGUGUCGGUUUCUGCCCGUCCGUCGCUCGUGCGGCCGUUUGUGUUCAAGUCCAUACUGCGCAUAUGUUCACUCGUAGACCAUGUAGACUUUAGGAGGUUAAAUUUUAAUUUGUGAGCGUUGUGCACAGUAGAUGACGUAUCUCAUGAAUCAACUUUUGAAAUAUGGUCUCGAUCAGGUAGGAUUACUUAGGUGGGGUUGUAUUAUUGAUUCCCAUGAAGCAUCAUCCCACGAUAUUUUAGUCAUGCCAGGGUGCCAACCUUUUGAACACAUGCCUUUCUAGGCAGAAUAGCAUUAUCGACAAGGACAGGGGAGACUGGAUUGGCCAUUUCUGGCCUGUCCGCCGUCAUUGGCCAGCCCCGAGGUAUGCAACUCGCAACCCGUUGGUUAAAAGUCCAACGCCCUAGCCAUUGAGUCAGGGGCUCGUUGCCCCGUCGGUUGCGAUGGGGUAUAUGAACCACUGUAGAGAGGCGCUCACCGAUUGCGUUCCAGUCUCUCUUGUCUAUGUCGAUAAUGCCAUUCUGCCUUUAUUACUUUCCCGUUGCGCCUUUGGGCCCCCUGAGCUCUACCAGCAGCCGCACAGAGGAGCCUAAUAUAGGUAGAGUAGUAUUACCGACAAGGCGGUCUCCGUGGUCUUUGUCGGUAAUACUAUUCUACCUAUAUUAUGCGCCGCUGUGCGGAUGUUGGCGGGGCUCGAGAGGGAGAAAGCUCCAAGGCACACAACGGGACGAGUGAGUUCCAUAGCGCGAUCAGUGCGCCCCCCCCCCAUCCCACCCCUACAACACGUCUUUUUGUCCCUCUGUUCAAGUCACACCCCCGCUAAUAAUGAAUACUUAUAAAGUAUUGACUCCCUGUAUUGAUUUUCGAUGCCCUUCUAUACCCAACUCUGUUUUUAAAAAGGCAUGUACGAAAAAUAUCCCUUCUUAUACUCAUUUUGCAGUUAAUCACGUCUCCAACAAAAUGUAUUCUUGAGGAGUGUUUUUUUGUUCCAAGACUUUUUAUUUCCUGGAUAAUCUUGAAUUCCACCUGCGUUUAAGGUUUUCAGACCAUUUAAGAAAAUCAUACAUUUUAUACUAUUGAGGGGGUACCACACACGGUUCAUACAAGUAUCGCAUUGAAUACGAACUUCAUACAUCUUACAUGAAGCAUUAAUAAGCGCGCAGACGCAAUGCUAUUUUAGUAGACAUUUCACAGUCUUUAUAAGUCUCUUGAUUGCAAACUUUUUAAAACUUAAGGAUACCGCCUCUUUGGGCAAAAAAUCUGAAAAAGACGUAGUUCACCGCAAAAUGCGUGCAAACUUCGAUAUUUUUGUUCAUGACUUCUACAAAAUAUGUUUGAAUUCAUAAGGACGUCGAAAAUCAGCGAAAAGAGCAUACCUUGCAAGUUGUCGUUCGUUUUUUAAUAAGUGUAAUUUUCACAGGCGACAGGAAAGCCAACUUUCAAAAAUCAACACCCUGGCGUGACUGAAAUACCUCGGAAUUAUGCUACAUGAUAAGCAAUUUUACAACUCCGCCCAAGUAGUUCUUUAUAACUGACGUCAGAAUUUUAGUUAAGGUUUAAUGAGAUACGUCACCCACUGUACGCCAAGUAACUGUGGAUUAAAAUAAACAGGCAGGGCACAGAAAUCAACAAUCUGCUCUUAACAAUGACCUUAAAUAUCCGUUUAGAGAGAAUUAGCGUCCCCCAGAGGCGAGGUCUCCCCCCUGAUAGCAGUUAAAGUGAUUGCCAAAAGACACAUACAACGUCAUCCACAACACGACUGGUAACUUCUCCCGUCGCGUGAAGGCGCGCCAAAAGUCGCCAUGUGGUGACUUAACGCCUGACGAGCCAACUCUUCUCACCUUCAGUGUGAGGGUCCUCAUAGCCGUUCUCUGAGACCUAAUUUUAAAGUCAACUUUGUGUGUGGUGGGUCAGCAUGUGCGUGGCCCGCGUAGACGUGAAUUUCGCCACGACAGUCACUACUUCCACGGACCUCCUCAGUUGUCUUGACUUUGUCUUCUCAUCCAAUUGUGACUAGCGUGGAAAGAGGGCUCGAAAGUGUCGCACGCCAAACCCUAAUUUACUCGCAAGUCACAACUGCAAGGCAGUGGUCCUCGUCACUUACAAAUUAACUAUCAUCUGUUACUGAGAAAAAAAAUUUUGACGACUGUCAGUCUAAUCUGGCGCGGCCAUUUCGCCUCAGUUGCCGUAUUAUACUCUUUAAUUUUUCACUAUUAUCAUUGCCACCGUCAUUACUACUAUGUGCUAUUGCUGUUACCACCUACUACUACCACUGCUACUACUAUUACUACUACUACUACUACUACUACUACUACUACUACUACUACUACUACUACUACUACUACUACUACUAUUACUACUACUACUACUACUACUACUACUAAUACUGCUAUUACCACCACUAUUUUCCUCAUCAUCACUACCAUCAUAGUCAUCAUCGCAACCACAAAUGCCGUCUUUAAAUUCUUAACCACAACCACCUGAGCCUUCCACGUACCCAUAGGAUGCUCUCAUCUUCGCCUGCCCGACUGGAAAGUGCAUCAUUUCGAAAAUCCUACUAUCCAGUUCACUCAACAAUGGGCAAAUCACCUGCUCCCACGCUGUCUGACCCUAACGCGGGUCAUAACUGAUGUAGGGCUCAGCGCAGCCCCUGUGACAUCUUCAUCCACUGACGCCGCUUUCUACUAGUAUCGCCGACCAAAAAUUAGUCCCUGAAACCAGCAGUAGCUGAGGCCUGAGAAUGGGAAGGGAGAGUGAGUUCGACGACUCAGCGCGCUUUCCUCACCACCGACAAUCUGACGCGCUUGAAGCUAUCACAGUGCGCUGAAAGCCGUGGCUUUGAAGGUUGCCAACGGACGAUUCAAUGUAGACCUCUCAGUCAGUCCGGUCUGUGUUGGUGUGGAGUGACGGUGCUGACGGACUGAGGGUCAGGCUUCAGUGGCAUCUAUGGCGCUCCCAUUCCGUAGGAUCCGAGCCAGGUGUGAUUGCACGCCUAGGAGCAGCUCCUGCCGUGUCAUCCACCUACGGUCUUCUUGACUAUGCCUUGACUCCGGGCCCAGGUGGGAGAGGAAGUGGAAAGUGUGGUUGAUUCUGUGCCGGUCUACUAUAACUAUAAACUAAUUCACGCACAAGUCACUGUCCCUGUUCUCACCGUGCUGUGGUGCGCGAGGUGGGCAUCGUCAAAAUCAACUGUUGAACUGUCAACCCCUAAGACUGUCCUCCCGAUCGUCGUCCAUCUGCGGUCCAAGCACUACAUCAGGGCCCAGCUCAGAAGCCCUGUCGUCCACCUCGGUCGUUUUACCUUGGUCGCAGACGCAUUCCAUUUUCCUAACUGCUGGUUGCGGGACCCUUCGCAUUCUAAAGCCUCCGUGUACGCAUUUUCCAGUUUUUAACGCCCUCUUAAAACAUUCUUUUUUUUCCUAAAUUAGUUGACGGUGGAGGUGAACGGAAAGCAGGAGAGCAUCAUGAAACGCACGGCUCUGGUUGCCAACACCUCCAACAUGCCCGUGGCUGCACGCGAGGCCUCCAUCUACACGGGCAUCACCCUGUCCGAGUACUUCCGUGACAUGGGCUACAAUGUGGCCAUGAUGGCUGACUCUACCAGUCGAUGGGCUGAGGCCUUGCGUGAGAUCUCCGGUCGUCUGGCUGAAAUGCCUGCCGACUCCGGCUAUCCGGCCUACCUCGCUGCGCGUCUAGCUAGGUGAGUCUCAUUCAGCCUCGCCUUCACUUUGGUGUUGCCUUGCCAACCGCCCUUGGCAUGUCCACAGUCAUCGUCAUUGUCCCCACUGGCAGUUUGACCGUCGUUUCCGACGAUGUCCACUGUGUGCUCCAUGGCAAAGUGACAGCGGAGACGGUGGCUCACUAGAUUAUAAUAGUGGUAGACUUGCGCAGCUUCUACCGCACUCUCCCUCACCUGGGUCCAGUGUCAAGAAGACCGGAGGCGGGAGACAGCGCAGGUGGCGCACUUAGUCGUACCACCACACCCAUGGUCCACAAUACACAUUGACCAGGAGGUGACAGAGAUCCCAAUUGGCGCGGCAUGAGCCUGCACCUCGGCGUGUCAUUGCAUCCAUUAUGCCAGCACUUGCUAUGCGUUAGCACUCUCAAUAACGCCUGCCGUAUUCUGGUGUAGCCCUCAUGUUGGUCCAGCGCAUCUGUCGCGUGGUUCGUUUUAGGGACAAAAUCGUCACUUCACCACCAUCACCAUCACAACCACCACCACCACUGGCACCAGCACCACCAUUAUCCUCACUCUGAGUUACUUGACUUUCUCAAUGGGAAUACUUUCACAAGCCUGUGCUCCAGGGAGAAAAGUUCAAAAUCUAUGUCGUAAUUAACAUUGGUGCAAACAGAUUGUGCAUUUAAAACCUUUUAGGUAAGUUUGAGCGCACUUUUGACGGGCAUUGGUGAAUGUGGAUUAUGCGAUUUCGCUACACCGAAGAUCACGGGGUGAUAUAGGGGAAUUCGCACCAUGCUCGAAAAGAAAGUUUCGCCUCCGCCAACUCGUCCUGCGGAAGUUAGCCAGAGAACCGCUUGACCGAAAAUGAAAAAGACGACUCAAGCUGUGCGGAGUCAGAGGGGAACGCAGAUGCCGAAUGUCCGUAAGCGUCCGCUAUGCUAGGAUCAGCAGACCAUGGCACUUUCAGCCUGUUAUGCGCUGACCGUUCUCUGACACCUGGUUCCCUGUCGGUAGAUGCGCAUGCGCUCCCGCAUGCGUGCUUGACUGCCCAGCCAUCAUCCUCGUUAUGACCCCUCGUGGUGUUGUUGGUUUAAAUCCUGGUCAAGUGUUGUAUGGACCAGGGGAUGUGGAGUGGAGCGCCAAGGUGCGGGCUCGGCCGCGCCAUCCACCUGCGCCCUUCCCCCCGCCUCCGGUCUUCUUGACUCGGCCUUGAUACCGGGGAAGGGGGAGAGAGUGUGGUAGAUGCUGCGGAAAUUUUUAUUCACUCUAAACUAAUUCACGCGCAAGUCACCGUGCCUGCUUCACCUUGCUGUGGAGCCCACGGUGGAAAUCGUCGGAUUUGACGGCCGAACUGUCAGUUGACGAACCUUAUUAAACAGAAGCCAGCAGUCAAAGCCUGCCUAGGAAGGAUUCCAAAUAGCUUCUGCGCAGUCCCACCCAGUGUAAACAGGCUGAACAGACUUUUGGUUAUUCAGCAAUAGACUAUCUCUCCAUUACCGUGCUGAAACAUGGUCUAAGUACGUGGACAUGAUGAACACCUUUGGUGGGAUGCCCCAUCGAAAUCUCACUGGCGUACUUGACUUCUUAAAUAGGGAGACACGAUCGCUGGGACAAGAGCUUUAUUAGCCUGACGUUUCGGAUUCCUGCUCGAACCCAUCAUCAGAGACAAAAGCAGAUACGGGUGGUUCGUGCACAAGGGGCUUGGCUUGUACUUGACUUCUAGACGCCACCGCCGCGGCCGUGUCAGACAGUUGAAGACUGCUCGUAGCCACAGCUGACGCACAAGCCGUGGCUGGUCCGGCCGUUCAUAGCUUUCACUGGUGGCAUUCCAAGUGGAUAAGAUGGGGUGAAAGGGGGUGAGGUAAGCCGUCACACCACUCAACGCCUCCACAACAGGACACAUCGACGCAGCUCCGCAGCCACCACACCAGGACGUCGUGAAAUGCAAAGCGAUUUACUUAACAAAGCUGAAAGCCUUUACUCACGAGGGGUGUCGUUUCCUUGGCAGAAUUCCAAAUCUUCUUGGUCUGACAUGCAAGAUCAGCACAGUUAGCACCGUAUCAAACGCUUUUAAGAGCCCACUCUAUGACGUACUCAACUGGGGUAGGCGAUGUGGUCUGGCAAAGUAUCAGAUGGUUAUGAGAGGUUGUCGUGGUCGGUAACGCAGGUGGGGGCUUCGAUCUAAUUAUACUUGAGAGAAUUUACACAGUCUUUCAUUGACUGCUUUCCUAUUAAAGCCACAGCUACUUCGAUUUCUCCCCGAGGGACUUUCUUAGUAGUGAGCAUUUAUCACCCAUUCGCGUUUUUGUGUAUAUGUAUACGGGUACUUUAUGCUCAUUCGUAGCACGUACGUUUGUGUGUGCCUUCGUGUUUCGUAUGCCCCUAAAAUGGACCACGUGGUAGAUGCGAUAAACCAACACGGGGGCGGGGGGCUAGUUUGGGGUCCAGCAGGCGUUAUGGGGAACGCGCACCCGUAACAAAUACAAACAGUUAUGGUGUGUUGGCGCGCCCAGCCGCAUGCUCAUGCCGCGCCAACCAGAAUUGAACCCGCCCUACCCUUUUUCUCUUGUCGUGUAAAAUCCUGAACAUUGCACGUUGGAACCAGGGGAUAUGGUGGUGCGCCUAGGUGCGGGUUCUCGCCGCACUAGCCAUCUGCGCCCUCUCCCACCUCCAGCCUUCUUGACUCUGCCUGGACACCAUACCUAGGUUGGGGAGGGGGGAGAGUGCGAUAGGUGCUGCACAAGUCCGAUAUCGCUUUAAGCCAACUCACCGUCCAUGCUUUCACCCUGCUUUGGAGCGCGGGGUGGACGUCGUCGGUCGGCCUGUCGUCGUGUUUACGAGCUGUGUUCGUCCUCGUGACUGCAGGCCACGCAAGCUCGUGACUGUUGGCCAGUCCGAAUAAUAACAGCACCUCUGACCCCUGCUCGAUGACCUCUGUUGGAGUGUGUUUGCGCGAUCUACCUUUUUUUCUUCCGGCAUGCCGAUGAGCGUGUUGUCACUAGCCAGGUUGGGUUGCAUUCACAGCUCUCUGAUACUCACUUGGCUGAUUUAGGCUUUUCAAAUUGAGCAGCAGUGCUUCGGCUGGUUUGGUCACCCAGUCGACGUUUUAGUGACAAGAACCGAACUGACCCCACAAAACUUCUUAAAGACGGAAAUUCCGUGCAAGACGGCAUAAAUCCUUCGGUCGACUGCCAGGAUCUUUCUCUACUCCUGAUCGUCCUUGGCCGGCCGCUUUUGGCCAAAGUAGACGGUGUAUCCCGUCCGUUUUACGGACACCCUCGAACCAACUUCACCGUGUGCAUUGUUGGCACCUAUUAUUUGCGCUGAAACGUUUACGAUGUUGUCCUUGUUUUAGCUCGGAAUGAAAACGUUCCACUAGCUGAUUGCGCAGGCGAUUCGAUAGAUUCUCGCCAUGGUCCUACCGAAGGUACUAUUCACCACUUUUUACAGUGAUCACGCACAGCUACAGUAGAUGUGCUAACUCAUGAAAUGACCGAAAUUCUGAAAUACGUUUUCGACUUUAAAAGGAUUACUUAAGUAGGGUUUUAAAACUUAUCAUCGUGCAGCAUAAUUCUAUAAUAAUUCAGGACAGGAUGGUAGUUGGUGGCCCUGCCCACUGAUUCUACAAUUGUACCUACUGGCUCGAUUUCGGUAUCUGUGAUAACGUUCUCAUUAUGUCUGGGGGGUGCACGCGCAGAGGCCCUGUCAGGAUGACUUUCUUCUUUACUUUAACCGCCCCGAGAACGAGGCGCUGCAAGACUGUCUAUAUAGACUAAUUGUAUUGCAUCCCCACGCGGAAAGCUUUAGUAAAAGGCGAAAGAUUUAUCCUAAACGGAUUAUGAUUCAUCAUGCUUCCCAUUAUGCUUCUAGUUGCAUGUGCGCACAGUAUUACCUGCAUCAGAUUAAUUGCAUAGGUACUAUCCUAGGAGGAUUGGCGCGGGUCUCCGUUUCGUCGGUUUGCCUGCAUCCUUGGGUCUUUUUACUCCAGACCUCCAGUAGAGUCCGGUGCGAUAGUGUACGAAAGGACAACCGACGCUCAGUUAGGGUGUCUACCGAUACUCCAUCCACUGCAUUAGUCGUAUUGACAGAGUGUUGCCCUCCACCCCCGCCUUUACGAACAGCCCGGUUGUAUUUGGUCGCAGGGGUUUGGCUGAAAACUGUGACGCCUUGUAAACACCGCCAUGACCAGUUAGCGAUCCUUUCCUGCACUUCCAGUUUAAGGCACUAGGACACCCCCCGGGCGCCUCGACAAUGCUGGGCUUGAACUAAGCGCACUUCACCUACCACAUCGCGCACUACCUCUUGGGUUCAGACUACAGCAGCAAUGCGUCUCAUACGUCAGUCAGACCCGAAGUGUUCACCUUCCUCGCAUUUUUCACCUUAUUUAAAUUAGGUUUCCACUUUAUCAGGAUCGUCCAUUCCAGGCAUUCCCUACAAGCGCCAUUUACGCCUCCACUCAUUUACCCCACCCGUAUAGCCCCUAUUACCACCGGUCCCGUAAGUCAGGUAGCUGGGAGUUUUCGGUACCGGGAGGGCUACCAACUACCAUCUAACCUAAUUCAGUUACCUUGAGAUACUGGCUUUUGAACGAAUUUCUUUCCGGCCUCCCGUAGAGACUACACUUAGUAAGAAAAAUUGGCUACUUAACUAGUAUGAAUUUCCUCACUGAUUUUUGACGCCCUUAUACAUUGAAAUGUAUUUCAUAGAAAACAUGUGAUAAAAUAUUAAUUCUUCCAUUCAUUUGGUGGGAAUUUACGUCUUCUGCUAGGUUUAUUUCUGACGGCAGGUCAUAAUUUAGCUUCAAAAAAAGUUUCUUAUUACGACAUUUUAAGACCAUGAAGGACCCCUCCUUAAAACAUCGUAUUUCUGCAUUUAUUAACGUUGCUUCUAAAGUUUACAAUACGGUUCAGAUCCACUGCUAGAUUUUAGGAACCCCCAGCAGUCUCCUCCUAAUGGCAUAGACGAAUGUAUGAUCUUCUGCACACAGAGAAUAUACAACUUCUACUUUGGAAGUCGCGAAUUCAAAUGUAAAAGCAGGCGAAGCCCAAAAUUAUUCGGGAACUGGGGAAGUUUUUUAAAAUUUACUCACACCCUCCCGUCAAGUAUAAAAUUGACAGAAGACUUAGUUUGCUACUAGAAGGGGGAAAAGAAUAAAUAGUUGUAUACACGUUUUCUGUGAAAUACAUUUUAAUUUGUAAGGGCAUUAAAAAUCACUGAGAAAAUCCAUGCUAAUUAUGUAAUCAUUUUUAAAGAGUGUAGUCUUUGCAGGCGACUGAAAGAAGUUCGGUAAUUAAUAUUGCCAACCUUACUUAAGUUAUCGUUUGGGGUCGAAAACGCAUUUCAGUCAACAUUUCAUAAGUUGGCACAUCUAUGGGUACGUUUUUGGAUCUUAUGCACUAGAUAAUGACCUGGAACGUCCUCUAGUUAUUUCGAAUCUUUCCUGCCUUUCGGUUAAUUAGCACUGCUGAAUAUGUGCAGCACUGCCUUAGAUGCAUCCUUAUGUCUGCUCCCACGGUAACAGUUAGUUGGACUAAUGGCUUUUUUAAAAGUCCUAGAAACCAGCGUGUCAGAAUUAACUCUUUCUCAGCAGUAAUGACGUAAACGACCCUGCUCCUAUGGGGCAUAGCAUUUGCCGGGACGCCAGACAUCCAUUUAUUUCUCAGUUUCUGCAAGCUGGACUACUAAAAUGUGCUCACUUCUGCUGAACAAGAAGAAGAUUUGGAAUAAACACACCAAGGCAUUCGCCCGUCUAUUCUGCAAAGAUAUUUCCAUAUUAACCGAGACAGGUUUAUGCAAAUAAGAAUUCGGAAGAAUUGAAAAUGUACUUAUUCCUGCCUCCUUGGUUUUUGAAAACCGACAAGACAACCUGACUGGGUACUGCACCCAUUGGUGAUACUACUUGACAUUUAAUCAAAUUUGAAGUGUUAAAAAUAGGAAUUACAGGAACAUCCAAGGGACCUGCUUAGUGCGUGAUCACCCUGCGUUAGUAAACGCCUUGAGAGGCUACCUGACCUACAACGUGACCUACACAUUUAAAUUCUCUCGGGACGCCUCGAACCAACUAACCUGGCCUUUAUUUGGUACGCCGACAUCCGAGGACUAAGCUGAGCACUCAACCAGAUGGAUUUAUGUUACCCUUCUCCGGCCCCCCGACUUGAAACGAAGGUGCCCGCGGAAUAGUGGAAUACUAUACAGAAGAUGUGCAAACUCAUGAAAUGUUAGCCGAAAUUCUGAAAUGCGUUUUCGGCGCGAAAAGGUUGUAAUAUUAAUUAGCGUGCAGCAUAACCUCAAGAUAUUUCAGUUACUUCGGGAUGCCGACUUCCGAAUAAGCUCCUUUCCGGCCGCCUAUAAAAACUGCAAUGUAAAAAUGACUACUUAAGUAGCAUGAUUUUUCUCAUUAAUUUUCGAUGCCCCUAUAAAUUCAAGUAUAUUUCACAGAAAACGUGCAUAAACAUAUUCAUUCUUUCAUACAUUUGGUAGAAAAUUAAGUCUUGAAGGAAGGCUGCAAUUUAGUUUUAAAAAGUUUCUAAUUAUGAGAUUUUUCAUGAUCAUAGAAUGCCCGUCCUUGAAACGCCGUGUCGUCGCAUUUACUAAUAUUGCUUAUAAAGUUUACAAUAUGGCCCAAAUCCACUGCAAAAUUGUACAAACCUCACACAGUCUCAUCAUUAUACCGUAUAGUAAUGUAUGAUUUUCCGUACACGGAAAGUACGCAGCUUGUAGUUUCGAAACCCUGAAUACAAGUGUAACGGCAGGUCGGGUUCAAACUUAUUCGGGAAUUGGAGUUUCUUAAAACCGAAUUAUGCCCUUCCCUCAGGUAUAAGGUUUGAAGAAGACAUAAUUUGCUACUAAAUGAGUAAAAUAAUGAUUUUUAUGCUUGUUUUCUAUAAAAAAUAUUCAAAUUUACAGGGGCAUCGAAAAUUAAUGAGAAAAAAUCAUGCUUCUGAAGCAGUCAUUUUUUGCAGAGUGUAAUUUUCACAGGCGGCUGGAACGAAAUUCGUUCAAAGGCCGACAUCCUGAAGUAGCUGAAUCAUCUUGGGAUUAUACUUAACGGUAGUUAGUAUUAUAACCCUGCUUAAGUAAUCUUUUUUGACUCGAAGACGUAUCUCAGAAUUUCGGUUAACGUUCCAUGAGUUAGCACAUCUACUAUAGGCGUACUGACUGUACUAGAGGAAAAUUCGUCAAAAACGCACGUCUACCGAGUCCUUUUCUGAAUUUUCUUUGUCAUCAACUGCGUUUUGGCGCUCGUCAUUGUAAGGCAGUCUUCCCUGACCACAUGAGGCCCGUCAGGUGGCAGGUUUAGACGCCCGCAGCCCUAGCUAAGGUGCUACCAAGCAGUACUUUGGCCCACUGUGAACGGUUGUUGGAUCGUUUCCAGGUUUGGCGAUUUUGGUAAGUCUCUUGAGGAAAUCGUGCGCCGGAAUGGUUACUACGAGCAACCUUGACAAGCAAGUCACUUCAGUGUUUAUCUUGGAUUGCUCUAAUCAAACUGCAUUCCUGUCCUACCUAACAACUAAGAAAGCACAUUACGAGUCCGAUGCUCCACCACGUUUCCGACUUAUAGCGGCGUACAUAGGCUCGUUCUCGCCGUUUUUAAUCUGUCUGACUUUUCCUGAAAGCUGAAAGAAAGCCAGAAGUCGGAUUUGCGAACUUCGAAAGUGUCAUUUUGUUUAAAGUUCGACGUCCUUGCCUGUUCAGCAUGUGGACCUCCAUUUUCGACCUGCGUUUGAGGAAGCAAAACUCUCGGAGCGGAUUGUCCUCCGGGCAUUCUGCGACCUUAACCUCUUUUUUCUUGCGUUCAACCGGUUUUUUUUUGUUGAUGGCCGUUUUUCAGAAGAAUCGCAAUCCACAAUGGCACUUUAGCCAGUGAAAGGCUAAAACACUGAAGUCUUGAGUACCAGAAUGUAUUUGUGUUAAAAUAUAUAUAUAUAUAUAUAUAUAUAUAUAUAUACUGACGGCCAUCGCACAAUCACGUGACCUUGGCCAUCGUCGGUCACAGAAUGUAGCUUCGCGUGGCUCAGCGCCAGAAGUAGCCACUCCAGUCUCCUCUCCAUCUCCGUCGGGAAAUCGCCUGGCUGCUCGGCAUGGGAGAUUACAGCUCGCAUAAUUUAGCAAGAGCGACCGGAAGGCGCGUGGAGUAGGGGGAAGGGGAGAAGAAAUUUAAACGCCGUUCAAGUACUCUGCCCAUCGAUGAAAAUAGUCAGGUCAGAGGCGCUUGGGUGACAGUCUGUCGGCAGCGGCGGCGGCGGCGGCGGCGGCGGCGGCGGCGGCGGAGACAUGAGUCAUGCACACCAGCGGCCGGCAAAGCGGAGAUCCAUCGUCUUCCCACACCCUCACAGCCGCUUUACGUUUCCUUAGUCCGAGCGGUUUUACGCUGAGUCUAAUCUUUGGGCGCUAGUGCUCCCCGGCAUGUCCAAUUUCCAGUUCAAAAGCCGGACUAAGCUAUUUCUGAUAGGGUAUGGGACAGUUCUUGGUUUCGACAGAGAACGUCGUCGUCAUCAUCUUCAUCUGAUUUCCGACGCACCGGUGCUCGCACGGUGUGCGCGGUUGCCUAUUCGGUGUUGGAGCAAGUUCCUUUUUGUUGACAAAGAUAAUUCGAAGGACGCUAUUGUCGUGUGUCACUUAAGUUCAGUUCAAAGGUCGGCGCCGCACACAAUCAUGCUACUCAUAUAGGAGUGGCAAGUCAUAUUCUCUGCAGUCAGUGUCGUUGAAGCUGAUGUGUCAAUAGGCCGGCCAAUCAUAAACCGUCUUUUAUUCGUGAGACUUCUUAGGGCUUUUGAGUACAGGUGAUUCCCCAGCAGUCGCUCAAACUUCUUGUUCGAGGUUGUCUCUGGGCCUAAUUGCAAAGCAGCGGUUGCAUUCAAACUUAUUUAGCGGCAGUUCACGGUCGCCGUUUUGCAAUGCCGUCGUAGGGUUUUGAGGCGUUUUGUGAGGAAACUGACCUACGCUGGAUGCCGUUUCGCCACCCGUGGACGCGCAGCUGGACAAACGAGUAACCCGUCUUCCCGGAUCGAGUUCUUCAGAUGCGCAUUGCCGCGGAUCACCACGCGUGGAGAGUGUGAUCCGCAACAUCAUGGAAGCCGGCUAGAUCAGAUAUGAUCACAGCUGCGCCGAAUUCAAAUAAGUAUCGUAGACUGAUACGUGUCCUGCAUCUAGAUCAAGGCGCAGAACGGAGGUAGACAGUAACGAGUAGCCUGUCGCCCUUGUUCCUGAUUUAAAGCUAACCUCGAAGUGAGCGAAAUCUGGCGCCAUAAUCACAUUUUGCAGUCAAGUUGGCCUCGGUCUCCAGACUUCAUGAGAAUUCUUUGCUACUGCAGUAUGUUUUCUGAUUGCACGUGGUCUGUCCUCCCUUUUUCAGUUUCUACGAGCGGGCUGGCCGAGUUCGCUGUCUGGGUCGUCCCGAGCCGCGUGAAGGUUCUGUGACCAUUGUCGGCGCUGUCUCCCCGCCCGGUGGUGACUUCUCGGACCCAGUCACUUCGGCCACUCUGAGCAUUGUUCAGGUGGGUGCCUCAGCGGGCCUGCAACUCCUCCUCCUCCUCCUUCCUAUCUUUCUCCCUUCUCUCCUUCCUCCUCCACUUCUUCCUCUUCUUUCUUCUUAUUCUUCUCCCUCUUCCCCCUCUAUUUCCUCUUCCUUCUUCUUCUCCUUCCUCUUCCUUCUUCUUCUUCUUCUUCAUCUCCUUCCUCCUCCUCUUCUUCCUCUUCUUAUUCUUCUUCCUCUUCCCCCUUCUCCUUCCUCUUCCUUCUUCUUCUUCUUCUUCUUCUUCUUCUUCUUCUUCUUCUUCUUCUUCUUCUUCUUCUUCUUCUUCUUCUCGUCUUCUUCCUCCUCUUCUUCCUGUUCCUUCUUAUUCUUCUUCUCCCUCUUCCCCCUUCUCCUUCCUCUUCCUUCUUCUUCUCCUUCCUCUUCCUUCUUCCUCCUCUUCUUCUUCUUCUUCUUCCUCCUCUUCCUUCUUAUUCUUCUUCCUCUUCCUCCUCCUUCUUCCUAUCUUUCUCUCCUCUCUCCUUCCUCCUUUUCUUCCUCUUCUUUCUUCUUAUUCUUCUCCCUCUUCCCCCUUCUCCUUCUUCUUCUCCUUCCUCUUCCUUCUUCUUCUUCUUCUUCUUCAUCUUCUUCCUCCUCUUCUUCCUCUUCUUCUUAUUCUUCUCCCUCUUCCCCCUUCUCCUUCCUCCUUCUUCUUCUUCUUCUUCUUCAUCUUCUUCCUCCUCCUUUUCUUCCUCUUCCUUCUUCCUCUUCUUCUCCUUCUUCCUUCUUUUCUUCCUCUUCCUUCUUCUUCUUCUUCCUCUUCCUUCUUCUUCUUCUUCCUCUUCUUCUUCUUCUUCUUUUUCGCCUUUUUCUCCUUCUUCCUCCUCUUCCUUCUUCUUCUUCUUCUUCUUCCUCCUCUUCUUCUUCCUCAUCCUUCUUUUUCUUUUUCCUCUUCCUUCGUCUUCUUCUACUACUGCUACUACCACUUCUACCAAUACAAAUGCACUGAAAGAUACAGUGCGUGACCGAUCUCGUGAAAUGUUUGCCAAAAUUCUGAAAUGCGUUUUCGAUUAGGAAGGAUUACUUAGGUGGGGUUGUAAUAUUCAUCAUCAUGAAUCAUAACCCUGUAACAUUUCGGACUCGCCAGGAUGUCCACUUUUGAAUGCACUUCUUUUCGACCUCCUGCAGAAACUACACUCGGCAAGCAAUGACUACUCAAGUCGUUUGCAUUUUUCACGCUGCUUUUCGAUGGUCUUAUAAAUUCAAAUACAUUUUAUAGAAAAAAUGCACAAAGGUAUACCUUCUUUCACUCAUUUGGUAGAAAAUCACAUUUCACGUUUUGUGCCCAAUAAAGUGUAUAUUUAGGUCUUGGAAAAGUUUCCCAAUUCCCGAAUUACUUUGAGCCAGAUCAGCCGUCGCAUUAGCGUUUAGCGAUUUCAGUCUGCAAGGUGUGUGCUUUCUGCGUAGGGAAAAUCAUAUAUUUCUCUAUGUCUUUAAGAGGAUACCAUACAGAAUUCAUAAAAUCUUGCAAUGGAUGCGGACUAUGUUGUACAUUUCAUGAGAAGCAUUGGCAAAUGGACAUGUGCUAUGCUGUAUGUAUGGACAUCGCACGGUCUUAAAGACCUCUAAUUAGAAACCGUUUUGAAACCGAAAAAUAAAAUGUGAAGACAGUGUGAUCUCUUACCAAACGAGUAAAAGGAAGCAUAUUUUUGUGCAUGUUUUCCAUAAAAUAUAUUUAAAUUUAUAAGACCAUUGGAAAUCAAUGUGAAAAAUGCGUGCUACUUAAGUAGUUAUUUUUUACCGGUAGUGGUUUCUGCAGAAGUGCAUUUAAAAAAACCGACGUCCUGUCGAGUUCAAAAUUCUAUAGGACUAUGGCGCAUGGUAAGCAAUAUUACAACCCUACGUAAUUAAUCCUUCCUAAUGGAAAACGCAUUUAAGAAUUUCGGCCAACAUUUUAUGAGAUCGUUCACGCACUGUAAGUAUCCCAAGAAAUAUAAGUCAAAUCAAAUAAGUACAUUUUCGACGCUGCCUCCCCAGGUAGUCAUCAGACAUGAGGCAAAUGUGCAAAACAACUAGCUUUUUAAACGGGUCUAGAAUAAGUACUUAUUUAAUAUUUGUGCCAGUAACCAGCCACCAUAUGCUAUCAUCCUCUUUCGAUUGGCUGCUGUCGCUUUUAUCUCUCCUUGAAAUUUUUUGCUUACGUCAAAUCCAAGUGAUACAUGAGUCAUCGAAGUCUAUGGCCCCGCAGAAUUCCUGGUUUUUCUGGAAUGGGCAGUUGCCGACAGCGCGACUUCUGUCCAAAAUAAGGGUCUGCCAAUUAUCUGGCCUAUACAUGGCUACUUGAGGCAGAUGUUCCUGCCUAUUUACUGUCGAUUGAUGUUAAUGAAUGCGCGUAUGGGAAGAUUUGCUAGUUUGACCGCAGUAUACCGAAUCCCAGGCAUCGCAUCAGAUCUCGUAGAUGACUUUCCUCUUCAUAAUCAACCGUAGAGUGUACAGGCUGAGUGCGUAGGGUAGUCGUCUGUUUACGUACACCAACUUCAUAUGAUGCUUCCUCAGGUGUCUUUCAAUGAGUUCAAUCACACGUAGUGUGAGGAAGGGCCGGCCGACACAUUGGUUUGGACGUGUGAUUGGGCCUACCCAGUUCUUUCCUUCUCGCUCUUGUACCCAUACGUUGGCGCAUGGAACCUCUGGAAUGCCCAUUCUGUGAUAAUAAUCCGAUUUGAUAUCUUUCUUCGUCAGAGCAGCGUGUUUUUGCCCGAUUAAGUAUUCCGACUGCCCGGGUGGUUAUGCCUUACGGGCAAAUAAUUCCUCUGUGCCCUUUCUAGGGGGGCGGGAGGCGGUGUCAGGUUGUCAAUGGUCAUUACUACCGUCUGCAUCGUGCGUAUCAAUUGCGCUGAUCUCGUGCAUAUCAGAUUUGUCUGUCAUGUGCACCUGUCCACAAUUGUGUGGUCUGGGGUUGCCAAACUAAUGUCAACGCCUCCGUCUCCAGCCGGCGAUGCCAGCCAUAGGCUUUCAGGCCCGAUAGGAGGUCGCGCGUGUCCGCGCCCUCCCUAGGCUCUCUUCUGCCCGGGUUUGUCCUCGACACCGCGUCCGCGGCUUUGCUGAUUCACUUGCACUCGUUUGACUAGCUAGGACGCGGGGAAUGGCACGUAACGGUUGUUGGUGCCAGGCCUCAAGUGCCUCUUCGGUUGUUUCAUCGUUCACCAGGUCCAGAGUUUCGACGUUCUGGCCAGCAAAGACGUGUCAAGAUGACUGCACAAUAUUCCGCCACUCAUGAGGACUGGUUCGUCUUUGUCGCUGCCCUUGCGCGCUCAACCUCUCAGGUCUGAAACUACUUAGCGCCCUCUCUAGCAUAGUUCGCCCCCCAGAAACUGCAUCGAGCACGGUAGGUGACGUUUGGGGUGGCGGACUUAGGUCUUAUGACCAAACUUCGUGGACGGUGCCGAUCCCGGGCGCCUGUUCUCAUCUGCACCCUGAGUUGAGCACAGCCGUGCGUACAGCAAGAAUCUGCGCUUACUUGUGAACCGCGUGGUUUUUUGGGUCUUUCGGUGGCCUGACAGAUUCGGCAAGCUUUGCACGCCAGCCGUCUUGCAAUACUAUGCAUAUUAUUAAAGUAGAGAGUAGUUCAGAGAGCUGUUUAGGUCAUUUGUUUGAGUUCGUCUCUCGUAAUCGGCAAUGGCCAUCGUGGGUCAUGCUUGUAGACACACACCCCGACAGUCGCCGGACUUAAUUUGCAUCAUACUAGCUGACCUCCAUACAUUUAAUCCUCGUGUCUUUGCUCUCUACCUGAUCGCGCAUUCUCUUCAUAGUUGCUUCGGCUGGAUCCAAAGUAAUUAUUGACUCUCGGCCUCAUGCCUGCCACCGCAGUUAACGCCUUAGCCGCGCCCCAACCACUGUAGAUGCCAGGAUCAAUUCUAUGAGUACUAUCUGCUCCUUUGUGACCGAUGGCACUCCCCUCCCCCCCCGCACAACUGUUACUACUAUUAGUAUUGCUGCUGGUAUUGCUACUACAACUUAUGCUACUUCUGCUGCUAGUAUCACCACCGUUACCACUGCUGAUCCUGCCAUUACCGCCACAACUUAUACAACCAUUGCCGAUAUUAUUAGCGUUACCUCUUUCUACUGCUGCCGUUAUUGCUACUGUUACUAUCGCACCCGUUAUUACUACUACAGUCAGUUGUCGUCGUUGCCACUGCUUUUAGCAGUGCUACCGUUAACACUGUCGCCACCGCCACCACCAAACUUGCUUUUUGAAAUACCUGGAAUCGAUGUGAAGAUAUGCAUAUCAGAAAAGUGUAUUAUUAAGAAUGAAUAAGAGGAGUCAAGGACAGAAAAUAAAGGAGGAUUAUUCUGACCUUUCGAACUUCUUCUUAAGUUUGUCCUCGGAGCUACAAGGGUACCAAUAAAACACACAGUACGAAUGUAAAAUUGGCUAAUUGGUGUCAAUUUUUGUUUUUAUAGGCAACUUGUUGAUCGUAGCGGUGAUGGCCAGUCUGUGUCCUUGAUGUUAGCGGUGUUGAUAGCGGGCGAGCUCCAUACAGUAAAGUAAUUGUUUUUGAGCACCCCUGUGGGUGCUGUCGAUUGUUCUUGGUUGGCCUUCUACAUCCCCACCACCUCUUGGUCUCCACUCAUCCAGUUAUCGUGACAGCAAAGUCACUUUGAUGAUGUAAGUGGCUACGGUAUUGAUACCGAUGGUAAUUUUGUAUGUAAUGCCUGCUUUGUGUAAGUUAGUAGACUUGUUUUGUGUACUGCAAAUAAUGUCGCCUAAUCCAAUGGCGACCCAUUGCUCGUUUGGGCUUUUAAUACACCACUAUCCCGCAUCGACAUCCGAAGAGUAUAUAUUCGGGGUCAAACGUCCGCUAGAGACUCGUUAGAAAGUGAUCGGGCGAACCACAAAUGUGUUUAAUGGUUCUUAACCAUCUGCCUAAGGAUUUGAAAAGUCGUCUUUGGAGCAAUACCCUCGCCGGCAGCUUCUGCCGCUGGUAUAAGAAAUUCGGCCAUGACGACACUAUUCGCGACCCUGGUGUCCGUCCACAAAAAGCGAAUGAUUGCUGUUUGUUGGAUACUUGAAGUCUACAAUCAAGACAGGUCACAGCCCCUCCAAAUGUUCUAUGCAGCUUUCCUGGCGACGUCUGCUGCAGUGGGCGUAUUGAUCAGCUUCGAUCAACACCUCCAAUCUUUCAAUGCAUCCUUUUUGCUACCGAUACUGUCAAUUCAUCCGAGUCUCCGCCCCCGGGGCAUACCAUCUAUUUUGCCGUUGGUAUGGCGGCCAUCUUGCUACUUUUUAAUUACGAUCUACUCAUUAUAAGUUAGUAGUCAUAAUUCAUCGACGUUUAUCCCUUAGGUAUUUUGGGGUCUGGACAAGAAGCUCGCCCAGCGUAAGCACUUCCCCAGCGUAAACUGGCUUAUCUCCUACUCCAAGUACGUGCGCGCUUUGGAUGAGUUCUACGAAAAGAAUCACCCUGACUUUGUCGCUCUUCGUACGAAGAUGCAGGAAAUUCUGCAGGAGGAGAAGGAUCUUUCUGAGAUCGUUCAGCUUGUCGGCAAGGUAAGGGGUCCCCGCGAUGAACCCGGUCCAUUUUCCCAAGUAGCUAUGUUAGCCUGUCGAGCGCUGUUUAAUUCACUCUCCCACUGCCACUUGGUUGCAGGCUUCUUUGGCUGAAAGCGACAAAAUCACCCUGGAGGUGGCGCGUCUGAUUAAGGACGAUUUUCUUCAACAAAACGGCUACUCCGAUUAUGACAGGUGAGUUCAUACGCUGCCAUUCUCUGUGCAGCAAAAAUUUUCACCUAAAAUAACAUCACUGCGGAAAAGCACAAUUUCAGACAAGCGGCAUGAGCACAGUCAACCUGUAUACUGAAUGCUGUUAACUCACUCGCACACCCGUCAGUUUUCGCAUUUCAAAGCCUGCAGACUUUAAAAGACCGAGUAAGGAGAGGAUCUGGAGUUAAUAAAUUAUUCCUUCUGGUUAACCAUCAGCAUAAAACUAACUUGUCCUUUAUUUCCGAAAAGGCUCUUCUGAUUUGGAGCAUCUUAUAAAUCGCGCCAAAAUUAUGAUGAGGACAACAGAGAACUUCCGAAGAAUGUGUUUGGGCAGUUUCAAUUCGCAGUACAAAUCGUAUGAAUUUGAGGGAGGAGGCGUCCAUAUUAUUGGAUCAGAAUGGUUCGGACGGGUCUUCUAAGGAGUCUGACCAGCGAGCCACUUUAUCUCCAAAACGUAUUUCAGAACGAUAGCUCCGACCUUCUAACCGCGGAAGCCAAAAAACGAGCGUUGCACUUAAGUCUAACGGUUGUUAAUGAGGGAGAAGACUGAGGGCUGGGGAGUGAGCGAAAAACGUGCCCGCUGAGUAUUGUUCACCUUUCAGAAUUCAGUAGAAGUGGACGAAGAAGCCUAGGCUGCAGUCUAGCGCCAAGAGAUCGAAUUAACGAGAAUCCAAUUGGAGGAUUUCAACUGAGGCAGGCUGAAGACACUAGGCUGAUCUUUGGUUUUCAGUUAGUGGAAGAUCUUUUCUGUGACUUCAAUAGAACGUUGUUCGGGCACUUCUGUAAAACCUAAACACUAGGACCACCGUUCGCGGGGUGAGCAAUGAUCAUGCAGUCAACAUAUGUGACCAGUAAGUAGCCACUGGAAACAGUCUACGCUUGUUGUAUGCUUCAGCAAGUCCAACUUCCUGAAUUUCUGUCCCGUGAUCUAAAGCAAUAUGGUACCUAACCAGUUCAUCCUCGCCGCACAGUGUCGUGAUCCAUGCCACGGAUCUCUCAGAAGACCCCCAACAUAUUAAUUGAGUUUUAUUCAAUUACACAGAUCGGUCUGGCUUGUGAUUAGGAAGGCUCCAGGUACGUGCAGCAAAGAUGCACAGAGCUCUCUUGCAAAUGACGUCACAUUUGGAAGAUUUCGACUUGUCCUUCAGCUUCAACACUUCAGUGUUGGCAGCUAGAACGUCCGGCUGCGGUGCCUAAGACAAAAUCGAUAGCUCCUUAGAAGCGCUGCAUGUCUAUUGGCUGAGUAUGGAACCAGUCACACAGAGGCCUCCUUCAACACACCCUUCAUACUGACCGAACUUCGCAGUUUUCGGUAAAGAAAUAUCCAAGCCGUGUGUGUUUGCACAGAACUCGGUGAAUGAAUCAUCUCCAGCUCACAUUUGCGUGUCUAUUACGCUGGCAGAAUAGUGAGACCCAUCUCCCCCCCCCCUCCUCUGAUCCGCCGUCUGUCUCUCCUCCUUUCCCCCCCAGAUUCUGCCCCUUCUACAAGUCCGUUGGCAUGAUGCGCAACAUUAUCAGCUUCUACGAUCAGGCGCGACACAUUGUGGAGGCCACAGCACAAUCACCGAACCGUGUCACCUGGGCUGUCAUUCGUGAGGGCAUGAGUAACACCCUCUACAAGCUGUCCAGCAUGAAGUUCAAGGAUCCGGUCAAGGACGGAAAGGUGCGUCCCCUCCCUGCCCUCCGCCUACGCGUUUUUCCUCCCCCACAAUUCCCCACGUCACUUCCCCGGUCGGCCUUAAAGCUGGUUGGAGCGUUUCUUGCUAAAGACCUAUGGCGCACUGAUGAUAGGUAACCGCCGUGAAACAGCUGUCUGCGUCUGGCCUGUUGCACUCCUAGUGAGCGGCUUAUGUAUUAUAUGUUGUAUGUGUCCUAUGACACAGCGUUCUUUGUCGUCUGUAGCAAGCUGGCGGACAGACAGAAUGGGAUCGAGUGGGACCCUAACCACAACAGUGAGGGUCAAACGCUUACUUAACGUGUCUAUGUACCUCACUUCAAAUGGCCUACGACGUGCUGAUGAUAAGUAACGACCGUGAAACGGCUGAUAGAAGCGAACGGGUGAGUUCCAGGAAGCAGUUCAGGAGACGAAGAUGCGAUCACUGGAACAAGAAAUGUACUGGCCUGACGUUUCGAAUUCUCACUCGAAUCCAGCCUCAGAGACAGUCGCGGACUCCAACUGGCUUGACGUGACGAGUUUGACGAGCUGAAGGGUGCAUAAAUAGGCUCACUUUUGGAUAUGCACUCGAAAGCUAAUUUAGCCAGCCCCUGAGUGUUCGACAACUAAUUAGUCCAGCGAUGUAGACAUCUAAGAAAUCAAGUCCGGCAAACGUGGACUUUCGAUUAUUCAUCAUCAGACCUGUACAUUAAUGUAAGGGAAGGCAGACUAGCAAAAGUUAAACAUCCAAUGAAAGCCAAUAGGGGGGAGAGGGUUGAGGAGUGUUCAGAGCUCAGUGGUCAGAUUCUAGUUCUGUCUGGGGCUUAGGAAGGGGGGGGAAGUGUCCGGCGACUAGAUGUCCGUGCUUCAUCACUGUAACGUGAUAUGGCGGGUGUGAACACGUAUGCUGGAUUCGUCUUUACCCAGGGGAACCUUGGCGCUCGUACAAACGCUUUAUCCGAGCACAGGGCUGGGUUGGCUAACAGUAUGGCCACUGCUUCUGCCGUCGCAAGUAUUCGCUGACGCAGGAACCUGGAGUGCCUCGCCGACACUUUAUAGAUGACUCGGAAUGCUUGGUUUACGUCUAGCCGGUGGCCGCCGUCAACCAAGUGAACCACAUUUGCGCUUGAGAUGGACUCUCCCCACCUUGAUUUAGCCAGACGGGGUGGUGCUCUCGCAUCCGCUUGGAUAGACGCCUAGUUGUUCGACCAAUAUAACCCGCCCCACAGGAGCAGGUGAAGGCGUAGAUGCACACUGAUGAGGUCUAAAAAGGCAGUCUGUACUUACCUUCAAGGUUAAGAGACGGAGUGCUUGUGGAAACCACUCUUUUCUUAGCGGCUGGGUAUGUGCGCGAGAUAGCAGCGUUUAAGCGACGAUGUAGGAGUUCGCUCGCCGGAUCCCCUCGAAAUGAGAAAUAAUUCCUUCUUCUCAGCCGUCAGCACAUCAGAUUUUGGAGGUCUUUCUCCAUUGUAUUUGUUGAUAAGCUUUUCAGGAUAGCCGUUCUUUCAAUGUUUCGUAUAAGGACGAGUUCAUCUUCAAGCCCAUCUGGAGUUCAUAUUCUCCUAGCUAAGUUGUUGAGGCAGCGGAUCAAACUUCGUUUCUGGCAUAGCGAAACAAAACUGUAGAAAUUUGUGUAUUGCCCUGCCCAUGUUAUCAUGCGGAAUACACUUCUACUAAUUGUUCAAUUUGGCACUCGAUUUAGUAGAAUGUCCAAAAAGGGGGGUGGCACUCUCUGUUCCCUUUUUCCAAUUUAAAGGUUAACGCUGGGUGAGCCUGAUCCACUUUAUGCUGGCGGGUGUUCAAAUCAAGCUUCUCAUCCGCUAUUGCGAAAAUAUAAUCAGCAUAGUGAGCAUGGGAAUAAAAGUCUUCCAUUAUCGGACAGAGUUGGGUUUUCUUUAGUUUUCCCAUAAAGACAUCAGCUAGUAGCGGUCUAAAGGGUGAUCUCAUCGCUUCUCCGUUGAUCUGGCGGUAAAAUUGACCAUCGAAUCUGAAUCGGACGUCUAGGUUGCAGCGAAAGGGCAGUUCCUCUAGGUCCCCGAUGGACUGCUGAAUCAACGGUUCUCGUCUACAGAAUUCCUGAAUCCGUGUGCCGAGCGGAGCAAUCACCGCUUGUCGGAGGUUCUCUAUGUACCACAUAUCUGUAGUCAUUCCUCCAAAUUCCACCCUCUCCUGGGGGACUCCUGGCCCCACCUGCAUUUCAAACCCCUUAAUUGUGAAUGUUCUUUUUUUCUCCAUCUCAAUCACCUUUUUACACUGUAGGAGAAGAUCGAGAGGGAUUUUGAGGCUCUGCAUGAAGAGAUUUCCAAUGGCUUCCGUAGUCUGGAUGAAUACUAG